UCACAGGGAGAAGAAGAAGAAGUUAAACAGGGCUCUUGUUUUUUGAUAACAAACGCAAAUUAUUUAAUAAAUUCUGGAGAAGAACCGGCAACUGAGCGAUGGAAACGCAACCUGAGGUGCCCGAGGUGCCGCUGCGUCCGUUUAAACUGGCGCAUCAGGUUGUGAGUCUCACGGGCAUCAGUUUCGAGAGGAAGAGCAUAAUCGGCGUGGUCGAGCUGACAAUAGUACCUAACAGCGAGAACCUGCGCCUCAUCCGCCUUAAUGCCAAACAGCUGCGGAUCUACAGCGUCGUUUUGAAUGAUGUCUGCCAGGCGGAGUUCGUUUACUUCGAUCCCUUCCAGGACAUCACGCACAAGGAUCCCAAGAGCCGCGUACUGGAAGUGUACUCCACGCACCAUCUGUCCGCCGCCCAGAUCACCGAUCCGGAUGUGAACAAUGGUGAAUUGCUGAUCCAGGUGCCGCCCGAGGGCUACUCCAUGAUCCAGGAGGGACAGGGGCUGCGCAUCCGCAUCGAAUUCUCGCUGGAGAAUCCCAAAAGCGGAGUACACUUUGUUAUACCUCCCUCUUCCACGGACGAUGAGACACAGAUUAAUUGCUCGCAUUUGUUUACCAACUGCUAUGAGAACUCCACGCGGUUAUGGUUUCCCUGCGUAGAUAGCUUUGCGGAUCCUUGCACCUGGCGGCUGGAGUUCACCGUGGACAAGAAUCUGACUGCAGUUUCGUGUGGAGAACUCGUGGAAGUUAUUAUGACCCCAGAUCUUCGGAAGAAGACCUUUCACUACACGGUGACAACUCCUGUGUGUGCACCGAACAUUGCUCUGGCCGUGGGUCAAUUCGAGAUCUAUGUAGAUCCCCAUAUGCACGAGGUGACCCACUUUUGUCUGCCCGGUAUGCUACCUCUGCUGAAGAAUACUGUUCGCUACUUGCACGAGGCCUUUGAGUUCUUCGAGGAGACCCUUUCCACGCGCUACCCGUUCUCAUGCUACAAACAGGUGUUUGUAGAUGAGUUGGACACGGACAUAAGUGCCUAUGCGACCAUGAGCAUCGCUUCGGUGAACUUGUUGCACUCGAUAGCAAUCAUCGAUCAAACCUAUGUAUCUCGAACCUUUAUGUCACGGGCUGUGGCGGAGCAAUUCUUUGGCUGCUUCAUCACAUCACACCACUGGUCGGACACUUGGCUGGCCAAAGGCAUCGCCGAGUACCUGUGCGGUCUGUAUUCGAGGAAGUGUUUCGGAAACAACGAGUACCGCGCCUGGGUACAAUCCGAACUGGCGCGGGUCGUUCGCUACGAGGAACAGUACGGCGGAAUUAUCCUCGAUUGCAGUCAGCCUCCAGCUCCAUUACCCGUUUCCGGUACGAAUCCAUCGGCAGCUGCUAGCAAGCAGCAGGAGAUUGUCCACUAUUUCCCUAUUAAGAGUUUGCACACCGUGUCGCCCAAAUACGUGGAGGCAAUGCGCAGAAAGGCGCAUUUGGUAAUCCGGAUGUUGGAGCAUCGCAUCGGCCAGGAGUUGCUCAUUCAAGUGUUCAACAAGCAGCUGGCUUUGGCUACCAAUGCGGCAUCUACGAAAAUUGGCGCAGGUCUCUGGUCUCAGCUGCUCAUUUCCACCAACAUCUUCAUCAAGGCCAUCUUCACGGUCACGGGAAAGGAUAUGUCUGUUUUCAUGGACCAGUGGGUGCGCACUGGAGGCCACGCUAAAUUCUCGCUGACAUCUGUAUUCAAUCGCAAGAGGAACACAAUCGAACUGGAGAUCCGACAGGACUUUGUUAAUCAGAGGGGAGUAAGGAAAUACAAUGGACCAUUGCUAGUGCAGCUGCAGGAGUUGGAUGGUACAUUCAAGCACACUCUGCAGAUUGAGAACACCCUGGUGAAGGCGGAUAUUACUUGCCACUCGAAGAGCAGGCGUAAUAAAAAGAAAAAGAUUCCUUUGUGUACCGGCGAGGAGGUGGACAUGGAUUUAUCAGCCAUGGACGACUCGCCUGUGCUUUGGAUCCGCCUCGACCCGGAGAUGAUUCUGCUGCGUGACCUCAUCAUCGAGCAGCCCGACUUCCAAUGGCAAUAUCAGCUUCGGCAUGAACGUGAUGUCACUGCACAAUUCCAGGCCAUCCAGGCCCUGCAGAAGUACCCCACAAAUGCUACUAGACUCGCCUUAACCGACACCAUUGAAAGCGAACGUUGUUUCUACCAAGUGCGCUGUGAGGCGGCCCACAGCUUGACCAAAGUGGCCAACCAGAUGGUGGCUUCCUGGAGCGGUCCGCCCGCAAUGCUGAACAUAUUCAGGAAGUUUUUCGGCUCCUUUAGUGCUCCGCACAUUAUCAAGCUGAACAACUUCUCUAACUUUCAGCUGUACUUCCUGCAGAAGGCAAUUCCCGUGGCCAUGGCAGGUCUGCGCACAUCUCACGGCAUUUGCCCCCCGGAAGUAAUGCGUUUCCUCUUCGAUCUCUUUAAGUAUAAUGAGAACUCGCGCAACCAUUAUACAGAUGCCUACUAUCGAGCUGCUUUAGUGGAAGCUCUGGGCGAAACUCUAACACCUGUGGUCUCCGUUGCCAUCCACGGCACACAGAUCACCACGGACAGUCUUUCCACAGAUGCAAAGCUGGUGCUAGAUGAAGUGACUCGCCUGCUUAAUAUGGAGAAGCACCUGCCCUCGUACAAGUACAUGGUGUCCGUUUCCUGCCUGAAGGUCAUCCGAAAGCUGCAAAAGUUCGGUCAUCUGCCCUCACUGCCGCACAUUUACCGCAGCUAUGCGGAGUAUGGAAUUUAUCUGGAUCUUCGCAUUGCGGCCAUGGAGUGUCUGGUGGACUUUGUGAAGGUGGAUGGACGAAGCGAGGAUCUGGAGCAUUUGAUCACCCUGCUCGAAACAGAUCCCGAUCCGGCGGCACGCCAUGCCCUAGCCCAACUACUGAUCAAUAAUACGCCCUUCACUCGCGAAUCUCGCAGCCGCCUGGAUAAACCCAAUCUCGUAGACCGCCUGUGGUUCAGCAUCAACACGUUGGCCUACGACACCAAGCUGCGUUGCGAUAUUGUGGAUCUGUACUACGCUCUGUACGGAAGCAAGCGACCGAGUUGUUUGCAAGCUGGGGAAAACCAAAGCUUUUAUAAGGAUUUGAUGAAAGAUAAUGGUGGGAGUGCAAGUAGUGUGACCGGCAGUUUCAAGAAGACCAGUGAUUCGAAACCACCUCCAGCGCUAAUUGACAUCAUGGACAAUGAGCCACAGGAGCGACACAAGCCCGCCAUGGUUACAAUCAAGCGGACGGCCACUGAAGCAUUUGAGGUGGGCGAUGAGAUCAUAAAGCUGGAGCGCAGCGAAGAGAUCACAGUGCUGGACGAACCGCUCAAUGUUCAGGCCUAUGACAGUGAGACCAAAGUGAACAUCCUGCCGGCAGAUGACGAAGCAAGCGAAUCCCAUCAGGCAACUAAGCGCCUUAAGACCGAAAUAUACGCCGAGGAUGAUAACUCAUCCAUAAUGCUCGAUGUGGGCGACUCUACCAAAUAUGAGAGUAGCUAUGAGGAGGGCAAGUUGAAGUCCGGCGAUGGUCUGCUCAAGAAGAAAAAGAAGAAGGACAAGAAGAAGCACAAGCACAAACACAAGCAUAAGCACAACAAAGACAAGGAUAAGGAUAAGGAUCGCGAGCGCAAGGAUAAGGACAAGCGUGAUCCGCAGAUAUCGCGCCUGCAAGCCCGAGAGACAGCCACUCCGGACACGCUCAGCUCGGCGGACAGUAGCAACAGCAACAGCCUUCCGCCCAUGAACCUUAACUAAGUGAGGGUUCCAUUGGGUCAGGACCUAUGAUGCAAGAGUUUUGUGUAGAGCAAAAUAAACGUAAAAUUAGUU